UCAUUUGAAGACUUGACUGGGUCAGUUAUCAACCUUCUGCAUCAUGAUGAGUGAAUGCUGAGAGAACACACCCACAAACCAUCAUAAAUAAAAAGUGAACCAGGGAUGAAUUUUGUCAUUAUGGUCAGGAUUCUCCUCGACACACUUCAGACGACCAUGGUGACCUACCAAGUGAAAGUCCAAACUGUCUGCCUGCUCGAAGCAGACACCUUGAACAAGGUCUACAUUCAGCUGGUGGGUGCAGAUGGGCAGAGUGAGUUCCAGCUGCUGGAGGCCACUAAAGUAUCCAUUUUAGGAGGCACUGUUUCUAAAGUCUCGGUUUCCUGCGGGGCGUCCCUCGGCAAGCUGCUGCUGGUCAACGUCAAGAAGGAGCGUAACAUAGUUAAUGACAGCUGGUUCCCUGCUCAUGCGGAGGUGACCUCCCCUGAAGGUCUCAGCGUCUGCUUCCCCAUCUACUGCUGGAUCUCUGACGGAGCCAUCCAUUCCUUCAGAGCAGGAGAAGCUCUGAGGAUCUUUGAAGACCAUGCACUUGGCCUCCAGAAUCGGCAGCAGGAAGUUAACAUCAGAAAGGAGCAGUUUCGCUGGAAGGUUUAUUUGGAAGGAAUUCCUCACUGCAUGGAGGCCGACACACCUGCAGAGAUCCCAGAUAACUUCCAAUUCAGUCCUGUCAAAAAGACGGAGUUUGCUCUGACUGCAGCCAGUGGGUUAGUAGAGAUUAAUCUCAAGGGCUACGCCAGCUCUACUGAGAACUGGGGAGACCUUGAGGACAUCAGAAAUGUGUUCCGCAAUAAAACCACUCCCAUGGCAGAAUACGUUUCCCACAACUGGAAGGACGACGGCUUCUUUGGCUACCAGUAUCUGAAUGGAAUCAACCCAAUCUUGAUUCGACAAUGCAAAUCCCUGCCGGACAAUUUCCCCGUCACUGAUGCCAUGGUGGCUUCUAUUCUCCAGGGAAGCCUGCGAGAGGAAAUGGAGAAAGGCAACAUUUUCCUGUGUGACUACAAGCGUCUAGAUGGAGUCAAAGCAAACACCAUCAACGGGGUGCAGCAGUUCUUGAUGGCUCCUCUCGUCCUGUUCCACAAAACCAGUGGCGAUAAGAUGAAGCCCGUCGCUAUUCAGCUGAAGCAGGUUCCUGCAGAGGACAAUCCCAUCUUCCUGCCCACUGACUCGGAGUAUGACUGGCUGCUGGCCAAGAUAUUUGUGAGAGGCGCCGACUUCAACGAGCAUCAACUCAACGUCCACCUGCUGCGCACUCACCUGCUGGCUGAGGUGUUUGCCAUGGCGCUGAUGCGCAACAUCCCCAUGGUGCAUCCUCUCUACAAGCUCCUCAUCCUGCACACGCGGUACACGAUGCAGAUCAAUGUCAUGGCUCGGCAGCUGCUCAUCUCAGAAGAUGGAGCUUUCCCUCAGUUUGUAGCCUCAGGUGGAGAAGGCAUGGUUGAAAUCCUGAGGAGGUCAAUGGCCUCCAUCACCUACAGCUCCCUCUGUUUGCCUGAAGAAAUCUCUCAGCGCGGCAUGGAGACGGUGCCAAACUACUUCUACAGAGAUGAUGGGCUCAGGCUUUGGGGAAUCAUCAACAGGUUUGUUGAGAAAGUUCUCAAGUUCUACUACAAGAAUGACACAGAGGUGGAACAAGAUACGGAGCUGCAGGCCUGGAUCGCUGACAUUUACCAACAUGGAUUCCUUUCCCGGGAAAGCUCAGGAAUCCCCCAAAGAUUCAGCAGGGUGGAUGAAGUGAUCAAGUUUGUCACCAUGGUGAUCUUCACCGGCUCAGGACAACAUGCAGCUGUCAACAGUGGACAGUACGACUACGAUGCCUGGCUCCCCAACUCCCCCACCACUCUUCAACGUCCUCCACCAACCAAGAAGGGCACGUCAUCCCAAGAGGUGAUGUUGGCGACGCUUCCCACUGUUGGCAUCACAGUGAAUGGGAUGGCAGUGGAGUGGCUGCUCAGCAAGCAGUCGUCUGACUUCAUCGCCCUCGGCUGUUACCCACAGAAGCACUUCACUGAAGAGACUCCCCGCAGUCUGAUCAAAGAAUUUCAGGAGGAGCUGAAGAAGUUGAGUGAGAGCAUCCAGGAGAGAAACCAAAGCCUGGAUCUCCAGUACUCCUACAUGGAUCCUGCGUUGGUGGAAAACAGCGUGACCAUUUAAACUGCGUCAAGUGACGCUCCCAAAAGUCUAUUUUUGCUUUCAUCUGUUUGCUAUGAUGCAGUUAUGAGGGACUGAGCGCCCCCUACUGACUAGCCACUAAUGUUCUUGGUUAGGAAAAUAAAAA